UAGACAUUCGGUCAUAGAAGCGGUGGAGGGGGCGCUCGAGCCACGUCGGUGAAACAAAUCAACGCUUGAAGGCAGAUUUCAAAGAGGGUCCCUGCUGCUCAGCCAGGAGCUGGAGAUCCAGGGUGAUGUCCACGCCAGAUCCUCCCAUGGGAGGCACCCCGCGUCCAGGUCCAUCCCCUGGUCCGGGUCCGUCCCCUGGCGCCAUGCUUGGCCCUAGCCCUGGGCCCUCUCCAGGCUCAUCUCAUAGUAUGAUGGGCCCCAGUCCUGGCCCUCCCUCCUCUGGACACCCACAGCCUGGACCCUCUGGGUAUGGCCAGGACAGCAUGCACCCUCUACACAAACCCAUGGAGAGCAUGCACGAGAAGAGCAUGAGUGAGGAGAGCCGCUUCAGUCAGAUGAAGGGACUGACUAUGAGACAGGGCGGGCACAGUGGCAUGGGCCCCCCACCCAGUCCUCUAGACCAACACUCACAAGGUUACCACUCUCCUUUAGGUGGCUCUGAUCAUUCCAGCCCUGUCCCUUCCAAUGGCCCUCCCUCUGGGCCUCUCAUGCCCUCCUCCUCCUCUUCCUCCUCCUCUGGUGGUCCCGGCUCUGCCUCUGCCUCUGCACCUUUAGACGUCCCCAGUGGAGAUCAACACCCUAUGGGACCCAAUAACCGCCCAGGCCCUCCAGGGAGCUCAGGCCCUGGCCCAAGUCCUGGACCCAGUCUUGGCUCCAGUGUUCCCAGCCUUGAAUCUGGUGGUCCUACUGGUCCAGGAGGACCUGGUGGCCCUACUCCCUUUAACCAGAACCAGCUUCAUCAACUUAGAGCUCAGAUCAUGGCUUAUAAGAUGCUGGCCCGGGGUCAGCCCCUGCCGGACCACCUCCAGAUGGCUGUCCAGGGGAAGAGGCCGAUGCCUGGGAUGCAGCAGCAGCCAAUGCCAAGCCUGGGUCCUGGAGCUGGAGGCGGGCCAGGUGGUGGACCAGGAGGACCCGGACCUGGUCCUGGGCCAAUGGGCUCAGGCUACAGUCGAGCUCAUGGAAUGAUCGGUCCCAACAUGCCCCCACCUGGCCCAUCAGGAACUCCAGCUGGUAUGCAGGGACCAAACCCAAAUGGACCUCCCAAAUCCUGGCCAGAAGGUCCCAUGGUGAAUGCAGCAGCCCCCUCCAACGCACCCCAAAAGCUGAUCCCCCCUCAGCCUACAGGCCGACCUUCCCCUGCCCCUCCAUCAGUUCCCCCCGCUGCCUCCCCAGUAAUGCCUCCACAGACCCAGUCCCCUGGCCAGCCAGCGCAGCCUACUCCCAUGAUGCCUUACCACGCCAAGCAGAACCGUAUAACCCCUAUCCAGAAGCCCUGUGGCCUCGACCCUGUGGAGAUUCUACAGGAGAGGGAGUACAGGUUACAGGCACGUAUCACUCAUCGUAUUGCUGAACUAGAGAACCUGCCGGGCUCUCUGGCAGGAGAUUUACGUACCAAAGCUACAAUAGAGCUUAAAGCCCUGCGCCUACUUAACUUCCAGAGACAGCUGCGGCAAGAGGUUGUGGUGUGUAUGCGUCGUGACACAGCUCUAGAGACCGCCCUUGAUGCCAAGGCCUACAAGCGGAGCAAGCGUCAAUCUCUGCGUGAAGCCCGCAUCACAGAGAAACUGGAGAAGCAACAGAAGAUUGAGCAAGAGAGAAAACGCAGGCAGAAACAUCAGGAGUACCUCAACAGCAUCCUACAGCACGCCAAAGACUUCAAAGAGUAUCACCGCUCUAUCACCGGCAAAAUGCAGAAACUGACCAAAGCCGUGGCCACCUACCAUGCCAACACUGAGCGUGAGCAGAAGAAAGAGAAUGAACGUAUUGAGAAGGAGAGGAUGAGGAGGCUUAUGGCUGAGGAUGAGGAGGGCUACAGAAAACUGAUUGACCAGAAGAAGGAUAAGCGUCUGGCGUACCUGCUGCAGCAAACUGAUGAGUAUGUUGCCAACCUCACCGAGCUGGUCAGAGCUCACAAAGCUGCACAGGCCCUCAAAGAGAAAAAGAAGAAGAAGAAGAAAAAGAAGAAGUUGGAGAAUGCAGAGGGUCAGACGCCUGCUAUGGGUCCAGACGGAGAGCCUCUGGACGAGACAAGUCAGAUGAGCGACUUGCCAGUGAAGGUGAUUCAUGUUGACAGUGGGAACAUCCUGACAGGAGUAGAUGCUCCUAAAGCUGGACAGCUUGAGACCUGGUUGGAGAUGAACCCAGGUUAUGAAGUGGCUCCCCGCUCAGACAGUGAAGACAGUGAAGAGGAGGAAGAGGAAGAGGAGGAAGAGGAAGAGCCUCAGCCAUCGACCACUCCUCUGGAGGACAAGAAGAAGAUAACAGACCCUGACAGCGAAGACGUGUCAGAGGUGGAUGUCAGACACAUUAUUGAAAAUGCUAAACAGGAUGUGGAUGAUGAGUACAGUGGUGCAGCGUUUGCUAGAGGCCUCCAGUCUUACUAUUCUGUGGCUCAUGCUGUCACAGAGAAGGUGGAGAAACAGUCCAGUUUAUUAAUAAAUGGACAACUCAAACAGUAUCAGAUUAAAGGUCUCGAGUGGCUGGUUUCUCUCUACAAUAAUAACCUAAAUGGGAUUCUGGCUGAUGAGAUGGGUCUGGGAAAAACUAUCCAGACGAUCGCCCUCAUCACGUACCUCAUGGAGCAUAAACGACUCAAUGGACCCUACCUCAUUAUCGUACCCCUCUCAACUCUUUCUAACUGGGUUUAUGAGUUCGACAAGUGGGCACCCACAGUCGUGAAAGUGUCCUACAAAGGGUCUCCUGCUGCCAGAAGAGCCUUCGUCCCUCAACUGCGCAGUGGAAAGUUUAAUGUUUUACUCACCACUUAUGAGUACAUUAUCAAGGAUAAACAAGUCCUGGCCAAGAUCCGAUGGAAGUACAUGAUCGUGGACGAGGGCCACCGUAUGAAGAACCAUCACUGUAAGCUGACCCAGGUCCUCAACACCCACUACCUGGCCCCACGUCGAGUUCUGUUGACUGGGACCCCUCUGCAAAAUAAAUUACCUGAGCUGUGGGCGCUUCUAAACUUCCUCCUGCCCACCAUCUUCAAGAGCUGCAGUACUUUCGAGCAGUGGUUCAAUGCCCCGUUUGCCAUGACCGGAGAGAAGGUUGACUUAAAUGAAGAAGAAACCAUUUUGAUCAUUCGUCGUCUCCAUAAAGUGCUUCGGCCCUUCUUGUUGCGCAGGCUGAAGAAGGAAGUGGAGGCGCAACUUCCAGAGAAGGUGGAGUAUGUGAUCAAGUGUGACAUGUCUUCCCUUCAGAGAGUGCUGUACAGACACAUGCAGGCCAAGGGGGUGUUGCUCACUGAUGGUUCAGAGAAAGACAAGAAGGGUAAAGGAGGCACAAAGACUCUGAUGAACACUAUCAUGCAGUUGAGAAAGAUCUGUAACCACCCGUACAUGUUCCAGCAAAUAGAGGAAUCUUUCUCUGAACAUUUAGGAUUCUCUGGUGGGAUCGUCCAAGGUCCUGACCUGUAUCGGGCAUCAGGGAAGUUUGAAGUGUUGGAUCGAAUCCUCCCAAAGCUGAGAGCCACAAACCACAAAGUGCUGCUCUUCUGUCAGAUGACAUCACUCAUGACCAUCAUGGAGGACUACUUUGCAUAUCGCAACUUCAAGUAUCUGCGUCUGGAUGGCACUACAAAGGCUGAGGACAGAGGAAUGUUAUUGAAGACAUUUAAUGAUCCAGAGUCAGAGUACUUUAUCUUCCUCCUGAGCACGAGAGCUGGAGGCCUCGGACUCAACCUGCAGUCUGCUGACACUGUGGUUAUUUUUGACUCUGACUGGAACCCUCAUCAGGACCUGCAGGCUCAGGAUCGAGCCCACCGUAUUGGUCAGCAAAAUGAGGUACGUGUGCUGCGUCUGUGCACCGUCAACAGUGUUGAGGAGAAGAUCCUGGCGGCGGCUAAGUACAAACUGAACGUAGACCAGAAGGUCAUCCAGGCUGGCAUGUUUGACCAAAAGUCCUCAAGCCACGAGCGCAGGGCCUUCCUGCAGGCCAUCCUGGAGCACGAGGAGCAAGACGAGGUCUGGGGUCAGGAUCUGUGUCUACGAAUUAAUGAGGAGGACGAGGUGCCAGAUGACGAAACGGUUAACCAGAUGAUUGCCAGGAGUGAGGAGGAGUUUGACCAGUUUAUGCGUAUGGACCUAGACCGACGGCGUGAAGAGGCCCGGAAUCCACGGCGAAAACCUCGACUGAUGGAGGAGGACGAGCUGCCUACCUGGAUCAUGAAGGAUGACGCUGAGGUGGAACGACUGACCUGUGAGGAAGAGGAGGAGAAAAUGUUCGGGCGAGGAUCUCGACAGCGUAAAGAGGUGGACUACAGUGACUCUCUUACAGAGAAGCAGUGGCUCAAAGCAAUAGAGGAAGGCACACUGGAGGAGGUAGAGGAAGAGGUGCGUCACAAAAAAACGACCCGCAAGAGGAAGAGGGACCGAGACCUUGAUCUCCCUGGACCCUCCUCUUCCUUAGGGGGACGAGGACGAGGCGACAAAGAUGAAGAUGGCAAGAGGCAAAGGAAGAGGGGACGACCUCCUGCUGAGAAACUUUCUCCCAACCCUCCUGCACUCACAAAGAAAAUGAGGAAGAUAGUGGACGCUGUCAUCAAGUAUAAAGACAGCACCAGUGGGCGUCAGCUCAGCGAGGUGUUCAUCCAGCUGCCUUCUCGAAAAGAGCUGCCUGAGUACUAUGAGCUGAUCCGCAAGCCUGUGGACUUCAGGAAGAUCAAGGAGAGGAUUCGAGGUCAUCGCUACCGCAGUCUUGGCGACUUGGAGAGAGAUGUCAUGCUGCUUUUCCAAAAUGCUCAGACUUUCAACCUGGAGGGAUCGCUGCAGAUAUAUGAAGACUCCAUUGUCCUCCAGUCAGUGUUCACCAGUUUGAGGCAGAAGAUCGAGAAAGAGGAGGAGAGCGAGGGAGAGGACAGUGAGGAAGAGGAAGAGGAGCUAGAUGAAGGAUCAGAGUCUGAAUCUCGCUCAGUUAAAGUAAAAAUCCGUCUUGGUAAGAAGGAUAAGGGUGGAGAUAGAGGAAAAGGACGCAGCAGACGAAUGGGACGCACCAGAGCCAAACCUGUUGUAAGUGAUGAUGACUCCGAGGAUGAGCAGGAAGAGGAGCGUUCCCCCAGUGCCUCUGAAGAGGAGACUUGAACUGUGCUGUUUGGUGGCAGGGAAAGGAACAAAAAGCACCCAAUCUACAGAUAAAAAACACGGCUGGUCAACUCCAUCAACCCACAGCCAAAUGUACUAGGGCUGAAAAUAGAGGAUACAUUACCAUUAAUGAAAGAACAAACACAUUUAAACAUUUCCAUUUGUUAAAAAGACGUCAUAUGGACACAGAAAUGUUACCUUUGUUAAUAAUUUUAACUUUCAUCAACUUUAUGGCAGUAUACAAGUAUAAAAAACAUUUUGAAAUAAAUAUAAAACUAACCAAAGAGGCUGAAAGCACUACAAACAUUGAUAAGUGUAUUAGAAAGUAGGUACAACAAUGCAAAAGCAUCAUAAAUUUAAUGAUCAGUACAGCUGCAUGUAUUUGUUUACAAAGUUCAUUAACAUCUUGAGAAGAUCGGGUUCUUUCUUCCAAAAUAUGACAGCUGCAACUGUCACACUGCUCCUAAGAAAGUCAUUUUUCCUGUUUAGUUUUCUCAGCACCUCCUCAUGUUCAACAAUUGCAGUCAUAUCCUUCCUCCACAUUUUUUCUUUCCAGCAUUGCUGUUGGUGAUUUUAAAUCCUGAGUUAUUGUUUAUCUAAAUGAUAUGGUAUAUUAGACAACUUUGGCCCAGUAAAUGUUCAGUUAAAGCUCCUGUGAGGAACUUUAGCUUUCUUUCCAUUUUUGUAUCAUCUAUUGACAAAGACACACUUAUUUUCUAUUUGCUGAUUUUGUUCUGUCUUUUUUUUUUUUUAAAGAAAUCUUUAAAUCUUUAAAUAAUCAAUUCCAAAUAAUUAAAUCCAUCAUUCUUCAAGGAUUUUUUUUCAGUGGAAACUGUUGAAAAAAAGGCUGUUUUACUGCAAACAGUAUGACUGUAUUGAAAUGUAUUUAAUUUAUUGUUUUUUUUGGCAGGGACAGAUGCAGUACACAUAGGGAACUGAACAAUCUUUUCGUGCACUUCACCACAACAUUUGUAGUGGAUUUUGAUUUUUAUGCUGAUGGUUCCUUUUGCAUUUGUUUGCCAUAAAGACGUAUCAGUUUUGAUUUUUGUUUGUUUCAAAAUCAGCCAAAAACUCCUCACAGGAGCUUGAAGUUCUCAAAGAUCUGCUGUAACUAUUCGGUGUUCUCUUCAGUCCUACAUAUAGAAUGCACUGCCAUGUGUAAUUUAACAAAUCAUAAUCUUACUGUAUCAAAUACAGUAAUUCUCUCCUUCAAGCCCCCCACAUCUUUAUCAUUAGUAACAGUAAAUAAACAUUUAAUAGUUACAUACGAGCUUAUGAGGUUGUAACUAGGUAUAAGGACACCUUAUAUUUUAUUAAUACUAUUGUAUGAUUAACACAUGAAAGAUGUGUUUGUCACUGAGUACCUCUGGUAUUUCAGCUUUCAGCUGACUUGAAGAGUUUGGUGUUGACCAAAAACAUUCAUAUUGCCUCUAUAUACUGAAGACAACAUUAUAAGUUAUUUUUUUCUUGUAACUACAAUGACUUACUGCUGAUUUUAAUUUGAUUAUAUCUAAUUAAACUUUUUUAAUUUAAAUUAAAGACCCUGUAAAGUGAAAUCCAAAAUUUGUGUCUUAACACACUAGAUAUUUGGGCAUAUGGUUGCUGUAAGCAUGUGAAAACACUGAGAUCUACAUGUGACUGAAUUUUUGAUUUAGACUGUUAGAAAGUUUUCACCUCUUUCCUGGGUGGGUUUUAUUUGGGCGGGGAAUAACCCCUCAUCUCAGUACAGUCUGUUGUUAGCUGAUGUCACUGCCUUUAUUGAGAUUUAAGUCAGUUAAAUACUGUUUUUUUUGUUAAUUGUGAGGUAAACUUGCCAAAUCUACCAGCCACAGUGGCUUAUGGAUCGUUGAAAGUAUUAUAACAGAGAUUUGAGCCAGAAAACUGACUUUGUCUCUUUUUUCCCCAGCAGUUGCCCUCUGGUCAACGUAAGGUCAAGGGUCAGGUUAAUGGCAUGAGUGUCCUGUUCUCCUUUCAGGCUGUAGCUUUUUUAAAAUUUGACAGGAUUGUAUUUCUCCUAAGUGGGAAAGGUUCCAGCUCAUUCAGAAGACACACCCACACCAUCCUAGAGCAGAUUUUAUUGUCUCAUUCUUCAUGAUUUUGAAGCUUAAUUUAAUAAACCUAGAGAUGUUUUAUUUGACUGAAAUUUGACCUGGUGGUUCAUAACAAAGUGACCUGUCAUACAACAAACCUAAAUACAGAGUUAUAUUCACUUUACAGGGUCUUGAAAUAAAAUAUGAAGCCUUCUUUUUUAGCCUAUGUGCCAGAUUUUAUGGACACAUUUUUACUAAAAAAGCAUCCUUCCUGACCUGGGGAGUGAGUUCUUGCAGAAACAAGUGCAGUGAGGUAAACAACUUUAAAUAUAAACAUUAAAUGUUAUGAAAUAACGCUCUAUUUUACCAAGAGUGAAGUGGCCACCUUAGCUCACCUUUACUUCUCUCCUCAUAAACAUACCUGAUGUUUUGACUCUGCCUCCUUGCAGCGAUGUGUUUUUGGAGCUGCUGUGGUGUGCGCGUGUGUACGUUGCAUAAAUGUGACCGUGACCUCUAUGUUUAUGUUGAAAAUCUCGGCCCCCUGUGGCUGACGAUGUCUCAAGACUUCCACGAAUCUCUUUAGCACCUCUCCAUGUUAAUUUGACUGAGGCUUCAUGGAGUUGAGUUUAGGUCACUCUCAAAUAUUGUAAAUAUGUUCAGCAUAAAAACAACCUACUCCACCGUGCUGCUGCUUUCCUGAUACACUUCCAGUAGAAGCACUUGUACCUUUUGAUUGUAGACUGAGUUAUUCUGAGAUCACAACUCAUCGAUUAGUACUGUAACUUUGACUGCUUCUCCUUCAGUUGUUGUGUUGUGACUUUAGGAUAUCUGAAUUAUUUGAUGUACUUAAGCACUUUUUCUGUUUUUGAUUUUAAGACAAAGGACCAGAGGGACAGUGGCUCCUCUCUGCUUGUGAAUGCCUCGUGGCUGUAUGGUGUUGGAUAUACUGUAUAGUGUUUUUGUUAAAGUAUAAUAUCAAUGCAUGUGUGUACAGCCGGCAAGAUCAGUAAACUGCACUUUUUUAGUUAAGGUAGGCAACCAGAGCAAAGAAACAACAACCAAAGCAUCAACAUAUUUCCUGCUGAGAUAUCAGGAUCCGUCUGUGUUGUGUUGUGUAAAUGUCAAUGAAACUUUAAACAAUAAAUAACAGUGAAAGUA